CACAAAUUCAAUCGCCCUCUCCUGAAACAAGAGAGUUUGAAAAAAUAAGACUCCAAAAGUAGAGGGUUCAACGAAAAGUAAAGGAUACGGAGAUGAAGAUAUCAGCACAUAGAGCCGGCCAGUGUCUUAAAUCCAUUAAGCCUACCUCAUUUUUUUGUUGCUUCGUUGUAGCUAGUUGCUCCUUGAUCCCCUUUUUGUUAUUUUAGAAGUUGCCUAAGCCGAACGCUAAAACACGUCUUAAAGAAGACGUCUUGAAGACGAUCCACCUACUUAUACAAGCAGCAUGCCCGCAAUCGGUGGUGGACCGGGCCGCGGUGUACCCGGUUUCCCAGAUCGAAUGGACGCACCGGAGUACUACCCGACUGACGGCGUUCUAAACUGGCAGAAAUUUAAGGAUGAAGCUACUAGUACAGAAUGAUCGCGAAUGAUCAUUGGAGACGCAUUGACGAUGAGUAAAGAAACGUUGACCGUUCAAAAACACCGUAAGAGACGGACUGAUAGUGCUCAAGAAUCUUGACCCUUCAAGGAGGUUCAUCAAAUCUUCUGAGGUAAUUUUUGUUCGCAUAAUAUGCUGGUGUGCGAGAUCGGUAUUUUUUCAAAGUAAAAUAUAAAUAUAUAAAUGCGAAAAAAGUUCCGUCAAAAAAACACAACCGGUUCGUUUUCACCUCCACAAUCUCAAUCUUAGGCUUAUCCCAUGCAGCAAUAUAUAGAUGCGAAAAAAGUUAUGUGAUUUACAAAAGAAAAUCCCUUUCUAAUGCCAUUGUUGUCUGCGAUAGCAAGAAUAACGAAACCGUUUAUGAAUGGCUUGACGAGGAGAGCCGAUACGUUCGAAAAGGGGGCAUCGGUAUCGGACAGGAGGUUGUGGUCGGCGAAUUCCGAGCUCCCGAAGCCCUGAAAUACAAUGGCCUCAAGGGAUACGUGCAGGGUACAACUGUCAAGAAGUUCGAUGUUUACGACAAAUCAACUAAAGACAUCGAUCUUAGUCCACUUCAUAAACUGAUAUGAUGAGACAAUAUGUUACAUAAGGAGAGACGCGCUUGUAGGCCUGGCAUUCUUUCGUCCAUCGUGUAACCUCUUGUCAACCUUAAUCUUUUGUCACCGUAAGCUUUUGUCUCUGACAUUGCAAUAGAAAAUUCCUGUUCAGGAGAGGUCGCGGGAAAGUACACGAUUUAUUGUCAUGGCUGCGAAGCUUUUCCGUAUGGAGCGAUUGUCACGUGCGAUGCCCACAAUCUGUUCGUGUAUGGCAAGGAUGGAAACCUCUACUUAGGGCUCAAGUUACCCCCUGAAGGAAAGUACAGAGCAAGACGUUCGUUCAGUCUCGACGUCGAGCACCACAUUAUGUUUCAUCAUUUCUCCAAGUCGACGACGAGGAGCACGCUGGUUGAAUGACGUUCUUUAUUCUUUAUCUGCAGGGGAAAAUCAAAAUGAUGUGAGCAAGAGAUGAUCUGCACUUUGUUUCACUAAUAAAGGGGCCUUUGGAAGAUUUUUUUGUCCUCUUUCUUAGUGAGAUGCAUAACUUACUAAAAGUUGCUGUGCUCCUUGACACGACUAGCAGAAAUCAUGACAAGGACGAAAUUGUAUUACUAGGACACGACCAUAGAAAUUGCUACCACGAUGUAUGUAGUAUUUGAUACACAUCACCUCGACCUCUAAGAAAGCACAAUCAGCCAAAUGCAGAACGAUCCUCGAUCGAAAUGACAGGCCCUCCGACGUACAUUGACGGUGAUCGACAUGCAGCAAUUACGGCUGUCAUCUCUCAAUGUGCGAAUGAGGUAGUAGCUUCUAUCACGUUGUUAAGGUAGUAAUCACUUUUGACUGCAUAUGGAGAGCGCUGCAUAUGAAGAUGACAGCACAUAUUGUAAAAAAUACUUACCGAUUGUCCUAGCUUCUCCAUUUUCCGUCCAGAUUUCUAUGAUAUCUUUGUAAAAUAAAGUAAUUGGCGGGGAUUGCUUCUGAAUAGUACGCAACAUGAUUUAAGCACACCACAGGCGACGCAAUUGUCCCCGAAGAUGCGGCAGGGGAAGGAUAUGAUGUUCGCGGAUGAAACGACCAGUGGUGUCGGCGAGGAGCAAGGUGCUGCGCGAGUGAGUCAAGGUUUGAAGCCGCCGCAACUGCUCGCGGAUGCAGGACUGGUGCAUGUUGCAGCAGAAGAAGGAGGCGGCCCUUUGAUCUCGAUGGCGCGUGACAGUCUCGCAGACUGGUUUGGUCGGGAAACCCACGAGGUAGGUUUACCGCGAAAAGCUGAAGGCGAAGCGGCCCAACAGCAAACGUUGUUCGAUACACCGUCGGCCUCGUCCAGCUCUGCCGUAGCGCAAACCGCGACUGCCACUACAGGAAUGCGAGUAUCUAGCCAUAUAUUGAUGCAUAUACCAUAAGCACAUACGGAGGUAUAAAAAUCGAUGAAGUUCUCCCGCCUUCAUCGGGUUGAUACUCAGAGAUAGCACUUGUAGCACAUUUCGUUUUCGCUUCGACUUUUCUACUUACCACGGACUCUACACUCGACAGAACUUCAGAAUAAAGGAGGUAAUCAAAAAUCAUGGUUUUCUGUUGACUGACUACUUCACCUUUCUGCGCAAUCGAUUACUAUGCAAGUUCUUGUUAGAACUUAGUUUCGAAAUUUUUCAGAAAUCGGAGCUCGAUCUUCAAUUGGAGGCUGAGAUUGCUAAAGUCCGGCAGAGUUACGAGAAAGCACAACUUGAAUACGAGCAAGCACGAUUGCAGAGUUCGAUUUUACAGGCCUCUCAGAAGAACAUAAAACGCAGCAAAAAUGGCGCUUCUAUGGCACGGGUCUCCGCAGGGAUAGACGAAGCACUAGGCGCUGUCGACGAGAGGCUCGCAGCAGGUCAGUCAUCUUCGUCAGGGGCUGCAGUCAAUACAACUGAGCCAAUCACAAGUUUCGCAACACCCCGGCUCGCUAUGCCAGAUUUGGGGCCAAAAAGACGGUAAGAACGGCAAUACUACUUACAAUCGCUCAACUACAGUCGUGAAGAUUUGAUAUGGGAUCGUCUUCGUUCUCCAUGGUACGUCAUGCAAUGUGGAUGAGAACUGCCUUCUUAUAUUCUGUCUAGAUAUAUCCAUAUCCGCGGUUCACCGUCGUAUGGUGCUUGCUGUUUUAUCAUAGGCUCCGUAGAAGAUUAUACAUGCUCCAUUUAUUAGGAGGAAUUUGGGUCUGUUUCUACCCUGCUUUUUUAGAUUGGGUUCGCGGGUAUCGGCGACUACAUCGCAGUUGCGGGAUGAUUUGGUAUUAUCACAACGUGGAGGUAAACGGGAGGAUCGAGGCGGGAAAACAACGACUGCUGAUGAUUUACUUCGCGUACAACAGCAAGGAACUACUAUUAAGGCGUCGUAUUUGAACUUCUUUGUUUUCGAUUUUCUUUUUCUUUAUCUGUUGAGAGAACGGAGGAAGACCGUGUUGCUUAAUGACAUUGUUCGCACAGUUCUAGAAGUUUGUUUUGAUUUGUAGGACAUCUUCAACAAUGCCGAAGAUGAAAUUGUGGAUCAUUAUGAGCCUAUGUUCUAAGAAUGCGUCCGGGUCUUCGCCGCCUAACAGCAUCGGGGUUCAGGAACAAUCUGCGGCGCGAGCUGUCCGUUCCUCACAAACCAUCUACGUUUCCACGAAGGAGCAAGCAGGCGUCCUGGAGGCGCUUGGUACUGGCGCAGCUGCCGCAACGGGUAGUAUUGACGCCAGACCCGUUCAGAGCGCCGCCACUGCGAGUAAGUCGUCCAUUGUUAGUGGAUCCACGGCAAAGAUUAUGGCGCAACGACUACUGAAUGAAAAAUUAUUAACCUCCAAGGAAUAUUCGAAAUUGCUAGGGUGUUGACUGAUCACGGCACCCACUGUAAAAAGAACUACUUACUUACAUACUAUUUACUUCAAAAUCUACUUCUGCUAAUGACGAGCUUGAGGCGAUUGAAGCGCCUUCUCUCGUAGAGCAUUUCGCGAAACAGCGGACCGAGCAAGCUGCGGCCGAGAGGCGUGUGCACAUGACUUUGGAGGAACACCGCCAAGCGCAUGAGCAAAUGCAUCGUCGCUUUCAGUCGGCAAUCGUGACAGUGUCGCCGAUACACAGUUAUGGAUAGUAAUUUUAAUCUUCUGCGCACAACUAGAUUACAGAUUAUUAUACACGAGUAGCUACUAGUUUCUACUGAGAGAGCGCGUUAGACUGAAAGUUUGCACACCAGUAUAAUAAGCUAGUAUUUCUUAACCUCUAAAACUGUCAGGGGGUGACGCCGGGGGGUGGCGGCAGCAGCAAGGAGACUGCUCUCGCCAGGAGCAGCGUAAUGGUUACACCAACGAACGUCGCGGGUCACAUAACCACGACGGGAAGGAUUUCUACGGUGAGCCCGGUCAGUGCGGCGUUCGUGACUGGCAUGCCGACAGGGGGAGUUCAGGUGCUCAUUGAAAUUUAGGUCUUAGCAUCUUCACAGUAGGUUCAUAGAAUUAGCACAAGCUAUAUUCUUCGACUUCGUGGGUUCUACGUCUACAGACUCCUGAUGGAUAGAUUGAUAGUACUGGUGCAACGACCUGCUCCACCGACAAACUUGCUCAACAUGGAUUGUUUGUCAUUUCUGAAUAAUAAUCAUGUAGACGGGCGAUGAUUGUGGAAAAGAAAAUUCUUCACACCUCAGCUACCUGCUAGACCGCGGACAUCUGGAGACGUGGGAAAUUUAGUACCUUCCCCUCGAGAGUUGCAUCAUGGGGUACAAAAACACUGGGGACUUCAUAUGCCUUCAGGGGUUCACAAAGCAAGUCUGUCGCGGCACACGCGGGCCCAGAGCGGGGUCCUACAUGAAGGGGAUGGCGAAGCGUAGUUAAUCUGUUCCCGUUUUUUGUACUGUAUUUGCUCCGUAUAUUUAUAAAUAUAUAUAUAAGUAUAUUUAUCAGGUUGUAUUUUCUCGUUCAUCAUACAUGUGACAGGUUGUUGGAUAGCCAGGGGCGGAUGCGGUCCACGAGCGAUUUGCAUGGCGUUUAUGGAAACGUACCAGCACACGCAGUGGCAGUCGGAGAGCGGGAGACGAGUACGCAAAGAUCUCUGUCAGAAAUGACACGCUUUGCUCGACCCCUGACAGGAACGAGCGGAAGUGGUUGGCGGGUAACCAGUGACGCGCAACGAACCACUUUUGUGCCGGCUAUGGAUGACGCGCUCUUAGCUGCGAACCCUCCGGGACCUGUACCUCCCUGAUAUGGGCGGGGCUUGCGGCGUCUCGAGCUGUUGAAAUUCUGUUUGGAGAAACAAGGAACUGUGAAAGAGCGGGGUUUGAUUAUCAUCUCUGAAGGUGAAGAGAGGUUACUUAAGUGUUUCUAUGCUUUGAAAGAAAAUGGUGUGGAGCAAGCUUCCUCGAUUGUGAUGCACAGUUAGUUUUCUCAAUUCUCUGUAUGCAUACUAGAUUCUGAUUACCAUUAUUUCGUCCUAGACUAAGAUAAGUACUAAAAGCUGUUUCGUGUACCUAAGUGAAUCUACUUUUCUGCAAUUCAUCUCUGUACCUCAGGUAUGACGAAAACGAGUCUUAUCUAUGAGGCUGUUUGAGUCAAAUAUUUGCUUGACGUGAUUGCGUAGUUAGUAGGUGAACAGAUAUUUAUAUAUAAGAUCGCUCUCCGAACAGACACUCGUGUUUUAUUGACUAAUGUUUCGAUACGGAAACGAGACGACUUUCGUGCUAACGACUCCUUUGAGUUUCGAGAUGGACAAAUCAGGGCAUGCAAGAAACUGGGCCCAUGCUCGGAUGGAACGUGGCGACGGAAUAUCAAGCGAUUGUUUUUGCGGCGUUAUUUCUUCAAAUUUGUGUACAAGUUUUUGAUUCGGG